AUGGUCAUGAAGGUGGUCUCUGCAAGCGAUGUGGUUGAACCAUCUGAUACUAUAGAAAAUGUCAAAGCCAAGAUCCAGGAUAAAGAAGGAAUUCCUCCUGACCAACAGCGUUUAAUUUUUGCUGGCAAACAAUUGGAGGAUGGACGUACUCUGUCUGAUUAUAACAUCCAAAAGGAGUCAACACUUCAUCUUGUGCUGAGACUUCGUGGUGGGGCAAAGAAAAGAAAGAAGAAGUCUUACACCACUCCUAAGAAGAAUAAACAUAAGAGAAAGAAGGUGAAACUUGCCGUCCUUAAAUACUACAAGGUAAAUCAGUUUCACUGUUGCAACUUGAAUUCAGGAGAAAAAGUUGGCAGUUAUAAGCUGCAGAUUCUCAGAAAAAAAUAUUUUUUUAAGCCUGCCUUUUUUAACAUAAAGCUCAAGGUGAUAUAUAAUCAUGUAUAUGUAUAUAUACACAUACAUACAUACAUACGUACGUACGUACGUACGUACGUAUAAAUAAUCCUAACAUAU